AUGAUUCAUUUUACCUUUGAUGGCUGGACUUCCCGACAAAACACAUCAUUCCUCGGUAUCAACGCCCACUUUAUCGACCAAGAUUGGAACCAAUGGGAAUCCUCUUGGCUUUGCCGGCUCUCGCGAAACGCCAUACUGGAGCAGCGCUUGCAGAUGAAGUUGCAGAUACAAUAUGCGCGUUUGGUCUUGAAGACAGAAUCGGGUACUACACGCUUGACAACGCUACGAAUAAUGAUACGGCUGUGGAAGCGCUUGCCGCUGAGUUCGAUUUCGACAGGAAGAGCGUCGCAUCCGCUGCGCCCUCAUUUUCUGAACCUGGCCGACUUUGUGGCUGAAGAGGAAGAGCAGCGCCAGUUGUCCGACGCUAUCAAUGAGCUGGCGACCGACGACGACUUCUGUGUGCCGAGCAUGGAAGAAGGAUUCGAGGUUGAAACAGUCCCAGAAGGCAGUCAGGAUCAGGACGUACUGCCCGACAUCAUCAAUGGCGAAGAAGUGGACAAGUACCGCAAGUUUGGGCCAUUUGGCAAACUUCACAAUAUUGGCAUUGCUCUUCGAACGAGCAGUCAACUUCUCGAGGUCUUUUACGAAGCUCAACGGCAAACCGCUCCUACUGAACCUAUUCUUACGUGGGUUCAAAACGUCUGCACUCGCUGGAUGUUUUCCAUCAUCGAGGAACGAUGGCUUGGCAAAGGCGGCAAAGAACAGGACAAACCAGCGAUACUGAAAGAACAACUUUCCCUUGAAGAAUGGAAGGUCGUUGUUGCGGUUCAGAAGAUCCUUCAGCCAUUCAAGAUCGCCUCGAAGCAACUCCAGGGCGAGGGUAUUGCUGGUAAACGCUCCACGUCAGGAGGUUCAGGAGUUAUAAUCGAAGAGAACGAAGAUCAGACCAUGAAAGAGGUUCACCUGUUCAAUGACAUGGACGCAAGAACUCGCAGGGUUUUGAAGAUUUACAUCAAGCUCGGAUGGAAGAAGCUGAACGACUACUAUAGCAAGCUGACCUCAACCGCAUAUGUAGCGGCAGUGGUGUUCCACCCCUGCAAGAAGUGGCGCGCUCUGGAACGGCUUUGGAGCCAACUCCGUCUCGUCAGACGUCGGGUGGGAAAGAACAUAUGCGAGAAGCUUAGCGACAGUCUGGAAAGAGAGGUACAAGAACAUGGCUCAUCGGCAAUCCUGCGAUGGUGUUUCAGCGGAUACGACUAA